AUGCGAUCUACUUGCAAAAAGUGGUACGUUUUAACCAAAGAUCAGAGGUUUGCAAAAAAACGGGGAAAAGAGUUUCUAAUGAUAAUGAAUCGUAGGGUAUAUUUGAUUGGCGUCAAUCUCCACAACAACAUUGAUCUAUCUAUAAAGUGUAGAGGUAGACUUAUUAGCAGAGACGAAACAGCUCAGGGAUUCUAUGUGUCUCAAGUCUUUCACUGCAAUGGUUUAUUGUUAUCCGUAUCAGGAAAAACUAUUGAUGACACUAGGCUUGUGGUUUGUAACCCGUAUGGGGUAAAACCAAAAUGGAUCAAUCCCAAAGAUAAUUACGGGAGAUUAGACAUAUUUUCUCUCGGAUUUGACAAAUUAUGCGGUAGCUACAAAAUCUUGAGGAUUUACGAUUUCGAUAAUAAACUCCAAAUCUACGAUUUGAGCUCUAAUUCAUGGAUGAUUCCAAGAGACACUCUUGGACGGGAUAUAGAGUAUAUGCAAAAUGGCGUGUCUUCCAAGGAAAAUACUUAUUGGUGUGCUAGAGAUAAACAAUCACAAUAUUGUUUUUUGUUCUGUUUUGAUUUUACAAGGGAGAGAUUCGGACCGCGUCUACCACUGCCCUUCAAUGGAGCUUAUGUGUCUCUAUCUGCGGUUAAAGAAGAGCAGCUUGCAGUGUUAUUUCAGCCAUCGGAUAAAUCUGAGAUAGAGAUUUGGGUUACGAACAAGAUUGAGCCUGAAGAAGUGUCGUGGAGCGUCUUCUUGAAAGUUGAAAUGAAACUACGUGUUCUGUCUUGGAAUUUCUUGAUUGACAAGGAAAAGAAAUUCGCAGUUGUUUUUGAUAAAGACAAGGCAAAGGGGUUUAAAACCAAUUACGACAUAGCUUACGUCAUUGGAGAAAAUGGUUAUUACAGAAGAGUGGAUCUCCGUGAAUCUCCAAACAAACCACUUUGCCGUAUUGUGUCUUGUUAUGUUCCAAGUUGUGUGCAAAUCGAGUAA